AUGGGUGCAUGUUGUUCGUGCCAACGAGUUGAAAGGUUUGACGGUUUCUAUGCUGCGGACGAGGUUGUAGAGAAAACGAUCGAAGACGAGGACCUUUAUGUAAGAAGAGGCGAUCAUGGCGCUCGUGUGAGGCUUCAAGGAUCGUCCAAGUACAUUUCUACGUUUAUUCAACAAGGCAAAAAGGGAACCAACCAAGAUGCCAUGACAGUAUGGGAGAGCUUCACAGGAGAGAGGGACAUGAUCUUUUGUGGUGUCUUUGACGGACAUGGUCCAUCCGGCCACGUUGUGGCACGUUAUGUGCGUGAUCUCUUGCCCUCCAAACUUUCAUCGUCAUCAUCAUCAGCAUCUAAGGGUUUUAAUAUCAGUGCUGCAAGCAGUGGUGGUGAUGAAAAUGCUGGCAAUUUUGGUGAUGGUAGCAGUCAUGAUUGUGACAAGUCUGAGAAUCAAUUCUAUUCUUCAUGGAAAGCUCGCAUAUUGAAGUCCUUCAAGGAAAUGGAUGAAGAACUUGAAGGUGACGCCGGUAUUGAGAGCUACUGCAGUGGUACAACUGCAGUGACAGUGAUUAAACAGAGAGAGCACCUGAUUAUUGCCAACUUGGGAGAUUCUCGAGCUGUUAUGUGUACCAGAGAUGACCAGGAUCUGCUCGUUGCCGAGCAACUGACGGUUGAUUUGAAACCAAACCUACCAAGUGAAGCUGAACGGAUUAGAAGUUGCCAAGGCAGAGUUAUGGCGAUGGAAGGAGAACCGAAUGUGUACAGGAUAUGGAUGCCUGAUGAAGAUUGCCCAGGUCUUGCCAUGGCAAGAGCAUUUGGAGACUUCUGCUUAAAAGAUUUCGGCCUCAUUUCAACCCCUGAAGUAUUUUACAGAAAGCUCACAGAGAGAGAUGAAUUUGUGGUCUUAGCAACUGACGGGAUAUGGGAUGUUUUAUCAAACAACGAGGUGGUAAGAAUAGUUGCAUCUGCAAGGAAGCGAUCCACGGCAGCCAAACUUCUGGUAGAUCGUGCCAUUCGAGCAUGGAGAUAUAAAUAUCCAUGCGCCAAGAUGGAUGACUGCGCAGUCGUAUGCCUGUUCCUAAAACGCCAGCGACCAUUGCUGACCAAGUCCCUGUCAGAAGUGACUGAACUCAGCUUAAACUAUACAGAGCUCGGUCCUGUAUCCCAUAAUUAUGUAUCAAGCUCGCGAAGUGACGAUGGCCUGGAUACCGUUUUGAACUGUCAAGUUAAAGAAAAGCCAACCCACGAUGUUCAGGGAGCUAAAGGCGAGCAAUUGGCGGAUUCUUCAGGGAGCUCAUCUAGUCGGGAAACCCUCAUUAGAAAUCGAAGACAUCCAACAGGGAACCUAGAAAAAGUUCAAUAAUGAGCAUUCAGACGCCACAACAUUCUGCUGAUCUCAAAACAUUCUGUAGGAGAGCCCAAGGGAGGGAGGGGGAAAAAAAAGAGUUAACAAUUGAAAUCAUCAUAACAUAACAUACGAUACAGGCUAGAAAUCGAUGAGGUGCUUGCUAGUAGAUGAUAUGGAUAUGGAUAAGGAUAGAGAGGUGGAAGGAACAAGGACCAAUUAGAGGACCAUUGCAUUGCAUGGCCCUGAAUAAUAACAAUUCAUUCCAUUGUCAUACGCAUUACUGUAUCCUUAUCGUUGUCAGUUUCAGCCUCCAUCCAUUCUACUCUCGCUUACUUUUGGGACUGUCGGACCUUUUGUGAUACUUAUAUGCUGCCAGCCUUUCUAGUCGAAGCAAUGUUAGCAUCUAUCAUGCUUUUUUAAUGUUAAUGUUUCAUAUUUGGUUGCGUAAUUUCUUCUAACAUACCGAGAUUUUCAAUAUAUAUUAGUAUAAUGUUAUAUUUCAAAUGCCACGAGGAAA